AUGAUGCUCAUCGCCGCGACGUCCGCGACGCCGGUCGACCCGGUACACGUCGACGUCGAGGAACCGUGGCACGUGUUUCUGAACAAGAAUCCUUCUAACAAGUAUCAUCUACUGCUAACGCUAACUCACGAGAUCGGCCACACCUUAGGUCUGCAGCACAGUAUGCGCAACGACUCGGUAAUGUUUCGGUAUAUACCUGACAACGAGCUUCAAUAUCUGGUUAAACUAAGCGUGGAGGAUAUCCUCGGUAUACAGAAUCUGUACGGAUCUCACGACGAUGGAAAUCGGCCCGCGAUUCCCGCGACUACCGCGACGCCCGCUACCACCGUAGCGCCGACGACCGGUGUCGCACCGACCGAUCCAUCGCGCGCUGAUCUUUGCGUCUUACGGCGUCUAGACGUGGCCUUAAUAAUGAAUUGA